AGUUUAACAACCCGCGCGUGACGUCACCGCGGUUCGCACGUGGUUGGGGAAGCCGCCGAAGAGCGAGCGAGUUUGGAGUCGCGAGUCGAGCCGAGCUGAGACGGAGCCGAGCCGGAACCGAGCUAGAGCCGAGCCAGAACCGAGCCGGAACCGAGCCAGAGCCAGAGCCGAGCCGGAGCCGACGAGCUGAGGCGAGCGACUGAGGAGAAGGCGCCAUGAAGGAGGUUCCCCUCUCCAACUGCGAGCGCGCCUUCAUCCUGCAGGCCAUCAAGGAGAGGAAGCGCCUCGAUGGCCGGGAGACGUACGACUACCGCCGCAUGAAGCUCGUGUUCGGCGUCGACUCCGGCUGCUGCAUGGUGGAGCUGGGCAAGACGAGGGUGCUGGCGCAGGUCUCCUGCGAGCUGGUGGCGCCGAAGCAGAACCGGCCGACGGACGGCAUCCUCUUUGUCAACCUGGAGCUUUCGCCCAUGGCGUCGCCGGCGUUCGAGGCGGGCAGGCAGUCUGAAAUGGGCGUGGAGCUGAACCGCCUGUUGGAGCGCUGCUUGAGGACGUCGCGCUGCGUGGACACCGAGUCUCUGUGCGUGAUCGCCGGGGAGAAGGUGUGGCAGGUCCGCGCCGACGUGCACCUGCUGAACCACGACGGAAACGUUCUGGACGCGGCCACGGUGGCGGCCGUCACGGCGCUCGCCCACUUCCGCCGGCCCGAAGUGUCGGUGCAGGGCAGCGAGGUCACCGUGUACCCGCCAGAGGAGAGAGAACCCGUUCCGCUGAGCAUCCAUCACAUGCCCCUGCCGGUGAGCUUCGCGUUUUUCGAGCAAGGCACGUAUCUGCUGGUGGACGCCACGGAACUGGAGGAGCGGGUGAUGGACGGACGACUCGUGAUCGCAAUGAACAAGCACGGAGAGCUGUGCGCCGUGCAAUCGAGCGGCGGCAUCAUGCUCACACAGGACCAGAUGCUGCGCUGCACGAAGAUCGCGAACGUGAAGGUGGGCGAGAUCACGGAGCUCAUCCAGCGAGCGCUCAAAAACGACGCGCAGGCCCGGAAGGAGGGGCGCAAGUGCGGCAUGGCGGAGUCGCUGCCAACCCAGCGCAUCACGGCAUUGCGCGCCGAGGAGGCGGUGGUAUCGGCGGAGGAGGCGGAGGAGGCGGAGGACCGAGCUCGCGAGGUCGUUGCCCAAGCGGAGCCCGCGGCCAGCGUCGUAUCGGAGCUGAAGGUGUGGGGACGCGGCACGGCGCAGAUCGGCGAGGGCCUGCACAACGCAUGGGCCGAGGAUGAGGAGGAGUUGGAAGGCGAAGAUGACACGGUGGAAGAAGAGAUGCCGGGAGAGGAGGGUUUGGCCGAUACCGGCACGGAGGUUCGCGAUCCAGCACCGGUGCAAGCGGACAAGAGUCUGGGCUCGGAUGACAGCGAGGAGGACGAGGUGGUCAUCCUGAACCCAGCAACGACGAAAACGCAGGGCAGGGCUGCACAGAAUGCUGGUGCAAGGCCCAAGACGGGGACAGCCAAGACACCAGCAGCGGACAAGAAGAAAACAAAGAACAAGAGGAAAAAAAACAAAUCCUGGAACCUUAGUCAACAUUUGUAAAAAAUAAUAAU